GUUAAAUUAAAUAUAAUUUCCGACGAGAAAACUACUGGAAAAAUUCAGAAAUCAAGGCAUUAAAGGGUGACUAAAUAUUCAUUAACCUUAAAGAGAGAACAAAUUGUGGCCGUAUCUUCUUCACAUGCUGAUGGGAACGAAAAUGGAACGUCCGUUAAUUCGAAGAGCAGAAAUACAGAAAAGGAAGAAAGCAAUGAGGGAAACACGAAAUAAAAAUUUAAAUUUCAGUCGACUAUAUCGGUAAAGGAACAAUUUUUUUUUGGAUACAUCUUCGGCAUCUGCGAAGAUAGAGGAAGCCUUAACAGCUCCAAUCUCUAAUCCUGAAGAGGUAAACUCAAACUCCUUAGAUAAAGAGGAACCACAAGAUUCAAAUUUAUUGCAAGAUUCAGCUGGUGACAAUGGUAUGCCGUCUAAUAAUGGAGGAAAUCAGUCAAAUGCAAAACCGCAUUCAAAUGCAGUUCUUAAUCUUGCUGACUUAGAUGCAUAUCAGAAAGUUAUGUUGACAAAAGUCACAAAAAUAGAAGUGUCUGUAGAUUUACUUGGUCGAAUGGCAAAAUCAAAUGGUAGCAAUACUAUUGUAAACGAUGUGACUUAUUCAUUUAUGCAUAAGGGGGAAGAGUUAAAAAUGUUUCCUCUAAAAAGUAAAGAGGAUUUUGACAGAACUGACCCUAAACUUGUACUAGACUCCGAAUUGUACAAAAUAGUUUACAGUGCGCUGAAGAAUGUAGGAAUAUAUAAUACACCCAGUUUAACAGUGUCAGCAAUGAUGGAGAAUGUAAUGACUUUCAAUCUGGGAAAGGAGUAUUGUUUAUCAGGAAAAAACAAGGAGAAACACAAAUUCAGCCUUACAAAUCUCUACAAGUUAAUUUCCAAAGCUGCUCUGGACUUAUUAAAGUGCAAGAAUGAAUCAAACAAGUCCAUUGAUGGUUUUCUUAGCAAUUGGCUAUCAAAUUGCACUCUCAGGAGUCGCAGACAAGAGGCUUCUGUACCAAAUGUAAUGGAAUUAUGAAAAUGAUUAUUUUUACAUAAAAAAUUUCCUUAAAAAGGGGUAUGAAUAUCUUUCUAAUGCUCGUAAACAAGUUCCCAGGAAAAGGGGGCUAUGAGUUACGUCCACUACAGGUCUGUUCAAAAAGUGGACAUCCAAUCUAAGAUGAAUUCUUAUUAUUAUUCUUUACCAUUGUACACGAAAUAUAAAUUUUUUUUGCAAUAAAAUAUUUGCAAAUAAAACUA